AUGCUUGCUAGUCAACUGGGGGAUAUUGUUACGACAAUUAGUGUCUUAAAUAGUGCGGGGAAAGGGCAACAUGAGAGCCGGCUGUCAAGACAUGCGGAUGAACGUGGUGUUGCUGGAGUCACAUUGCAACAAGACACGGAUGUGGCUGCUACGAUAACUCCAUUUGUGGAUCGAAACGAACCCUUUGUUUGCCGGACCUGCAUUCCUCAGAGCCGGCUCGAGUACUGGUCGAACGAUGCUGCGAUGCUCGAAACAGUGGGUCCAGAUGCAGAAAUCCCCGUUCGCUUUGCCAAACGCGCCUUGUCGUCAACGGCGGCAUCAUCUAGUGGCACCUUGUUUCGUCGACUCGUCACUCCUGGAACCUCCAAAUCGGCAUAUGACGAACGGACCAUGCGGUUCUCCGAGUUUCUGGCAGCAUACGACAAUAAAACUUCUGAAGAUCACCUGUAUGGUGCCCAGAUACCAAUCGUUACGCAUUUACCGCAACUGAUCGAUCCUAUUCGAGCCUCAGCGCCUCUUGGGACACUCAUCGAGGCCCUUGGUCCAACGCCGCUAUAUCACAAUAUACAACCGAUACCAAUUAACUUCGUCCAAUUGACAAGAAAUCAAUACUGCAUCAUAGGAUUAUUCAAAUAA